CAGUGAUGUCUGUUUAAUUGGUAAGACGAAAAUGAAUGUGUAUAAGCAAAAUGAAUCGGGCUGGGGAGAUUCUAAAGCAUUUGCCGCACAAGCCUGACACCCCGAGUGUGACAUCCCAGGACCCAUGUAAAGCUGGUGGUAAAGCUGCGGAUUAAACUGAUGUGUGAAGUUAGGAAGCAUCUCCACUUCAAAGAUGUUGGAAUACUGAAAACUGCGUGCUUUAGAACUGAUGAAAUCGGUGCCCUAAGGACUCUAACGCCCUGGCUAAGUUCUGAUACCCGAUUUGCAAUUACAUUGAACAACAAGGAUGCCCUCACUGGAGAUGAAGAGACCUUGGCUUCAUAUGGGAUUGUUUCUGGGGACUUGAUAUGUUUGGUUCUUGAAGAUGACAUGCCGGCACCUAACUUACCUUCAUCUACAGAUUCAGAGCAUUCCUCACUCCAGAAUAACGACCAAGCUUCUUUGGCUGCCAGCUCACGUCAGGCCAGCAUCCCUGAUGAACAGUGCAGUGGUUCUUCUCAAGGACAGGCCACCCAAUCCGAUGCCUCGAAUGAUGACAGUAUGGAAGGGCCUAGUCAAAAUGUCGAAGCUGAGUCAAUUCAGGAUGCCGUGGGUAUGGAAGAGGAUUCUGGUUUCCAUCCACUGGAACCAAUGCUGUGCAAUGAAACAGAGGAUGGGCAGGUGCCACAUUCACUAGAGACUCUGUAUCAGUCAGCUGGUUGCUCCAGCGUCAGUGAUGCCUUGGUAGUGCUGGUGCAUCUCCUCAUGCUCGAGUCGGGCUACAUACCUCAGGGGACCGAAGCCAAGGCAGCAGUCAUGCCUGAGAAGUGGAAGUCAAGUGGUGUGUACAAGCUGCAGUACACACACCCUCUCUGUGAGGGCGGCACUGCUGUGCUGGCCUGUGUGCCUUUGGAAACCCAAAUGGUUAUAAACGCUACAAUAAAAAUUGAUGGUGGGAUUAAAAAUGUGAAAUCAGUGCAGCUGAAGCCAAGAUCCUACGUUUGUGAAGUGGAACCAGGGGAAAGUGCAGCCAAAGUGUACAAAGAUCUUAAGAAGCUCUCUCGCCUCUUCAAAGACCAGCUGGUGUACCCUCUUCUGGCCUUCACACGACAAGUACUGAACCUUCCAGAUGUCUUUGGGCUGAUUGUUCUUCCCUUGGAGCUGAAACUUCGCAUCUUCCGACUUCUGGAUGUUCGUUCUGUCCUGGCUUUGUCUGCAGUCUGUCAUGACCUCUUCCUUGCAUCAAGUGACCCGCUGCUGUGGCGCUGUUUGUAUCUGCGGGAUUUUCGAGAUGGUACUGCCAGAGGUCCAGACACAGAUUGGAAAGAACUGUAUAGAAAGAGGCAUAUACAGAGAAAAGAGGCUCAGAGAAUGCGACAUAUGAUGUUCCUGCCGUCGUCAACCCACUCUAUCCCAUUUUGUCCCAUUCCUGUCUACCCCUACCCCGUGCCCUUUCCUUCUGCCUCGCUGCUUCCUCCAGGAAUCAUUGGUGGUGAAUAUGAUACGAGGCCGAUACUGCCCAGUGUUGGGGACCCAGCCAACUCACUCAUCCCAAGGCCAGGGGAGAUACCUAGCCCGUUUCCGCCACUCAGACCACGGUUUGAUCCUAUUGGUCCACUUCCAGGACCUAACCCCCUUUUGCCAGGAAGAGGUGGCCCCAACAACAGAUUUCCCUUCAGACCCAGCAGGGGUCAGUCAACUGACAGCCGGCUACCAUUCAUGUGACCAAGUUGGAGACUAUGGAAACCGCAGAUGCUCUUUCCUUGGACACUGACCUCUGCUGUCAGUUUCUGGUUGUGGCAGUGAAAACCUUAAACUCAGCUGGCAACUAGGACAAGGUUACUCAAAGCUGGGUUGGCUUUGGGAAUACUUGACUGCUGGUCUCUGCUCUGGAUUCACCUCUGGGAUGGAGCUGUGGUACUGAUAAUGUUGUGUGCUAGAUUAAUAAAAACAAAAAUUAUAUGGUGGUCUUGA